CGUUUCGGUUGGAGCUGCUACUUGAAAAAUGGCGGAUAGAGUUCGCCACAAGUUUAGUAAGCGAAUGAAAUCAAAUACACAGAACAUACAUAGGAGUGAUAUUUUGUGAUCAAAUAAUGGGAACGCACUCAUCGAUGGUUCCAACAUAUGAUCCUGACACAAGACGCAACUGAAGUGACAUGAGUGACAGUUAAAUAAGUAAAUUUCCUAUAAAAAUUUUUUUACUCAUUAUUGAAGUCAAUGCGAAAAAUCUAAACAGUGUCCAAUGAUACGUUGAAGAAUUGCACAAAGAUUGAUAGAAAAAGUCCUAGUUUGGGACUACAGAAAUACUGAGACGGACAUUGAUGUUUUCAUCACCCAUCUCGCAUUUUCUUAAUUAUUUUGGUUACCUGCUAAACCAAUUCUAUGAACCCAUCGGAUAGCUCUACCACAGGCGAAGCUUCCACUGAUCCAGAGGCCUCGUCUAGUUGUAAAGAGAUUGUCAACAGUGAAGACGAAAUGAAGAGAGCCGCUGCCAAGAAACUGAUAGAAAGGUAUUUCUAUCAGUUAACGGAAGGAUGUGGAAACCCAACUUGCACCAACAAGGACUGUGCAUCCAGUGGCGAGUUUAUUGCCAUGUCUCCAAAUGAUGCUGCAGGUCAUGCUUUAAAGCUAUUUUCUCAAGAAGCUAAGUUAUGUGAACGGCAUCCCAGUAAAAUUGCCAGAAUCAAUUUAUCUAGUAAGAGUGAUGGAAUGCAACAAUGUAAUACUGUUCCUUCCAAUGAUACUGCCGUGUCUCAGUGCAGCAAAGAUCCAGGCAAGGUUAAUGACCGUUAUAACAGUGCACCCGUACCCAUGUAUCUAACAGAGCAAGGACUCUAUGAUAUAAUUGAUGAGUGUGAGACCACGGAAUGUUACUCACCGCUAAUACGAACUUUGGGUGAAAUAUUUAGUAGCAUUGAAAAUUUAUCUAAAAGUUUCGUUCAGGAAUCUACACCUACUACAUCACCAACCAUGGAUUCAGCGGAAAAUAAAUGUUUAAAUAAAGAAGAACUGAGACAUUUAGAAGGUGAAAAAGACAAAGAUGAAGAUUCAUGUGCCGAAUCUAGCAGCACAGUAAUUCUUCCUGUUGAUUUGUCGUCAGUACGACGAGCAUACAACGACCUUUUUAAAUUAAAAACGUCAAUAUUUGAAAAUGCUUUGGUCAACGCUUUGGUCACCUUAGCAGGCAAUUUACAAAUGGAAUUACCAACUAGGAAGGAAAAAGACAAUCAUGACGAUAUUGUUAAUGUAUUGCUGAUCGUUUUUGAAAUACCAGCUUUGGGUUCCGGAGAUUUUCUUGAAACCGCACUUCCUGCAAUUUGUAGAGCGUCCCAAUGGUUGCCCGUUGAAGUUCAAGCAACUUUAGCGCGGAUGUGGGCAGGUCCCGGACGACCUUCCAUUCGCAACAUUCUAGAAAACUUGCAGCAGCUUAUCACUUUGAAAGUUAUAGUUACUCCUUUUCAUCGCGAUUUUUUCAUCCAAGAUGAAAACGUCAUUACUUCUGCAACCAAACUGGUCAAGAUUCUAUAUUACUCCAACAUUCUUGCCGGGGUUUUAGAGCCUCCAUAUCUAAGAUAUGUGGAUUACAUGAACGAUUCCAUGGAUGAAUCUUUCCUAUCAGUUAAGCUCAGCAAAAGUAUAGCUCCAGAAGACUCUCUGGCCACCGUCCUUGGUGUCAAUAUUUUGGAUUGUCGGAAGCCCUUUUUACCAUAUUCAGAAUUUUAUAACGAACCUUUAAGUGAUAUGGUUGAGAUGGAUCGAGAUUUUGCCAAUUUCAAAAGUGAACUAGGUAUCUUUUCAGGAAAAUUCAGUUUUAUGAAUUACCCGUUUAUUUUAACGCCAGCUACAAAAACAAUGGGUCUUUAUUUCGAUAAUAGAAUAAGGAUGUAUUCAGAACGGAGAAUCAGCAUACUGCAAGCUGUUACUGGACAUCCUUCAAAUCCUUAUUUAAGAGUUAAAGUACGAAGAGAUAAUAUUAUUGAUGAUGCUCUUGUUGAGCUGGAAAUGAUAUCUAUGGAAAAUCCCAAUGACCUAAAGAAGCAGCUAGUUGUGGAGUUCGAAGGAGAACAAGGUAUUGACGAAGGAGGCGUUUCAAAAGAAUUUUUCCAGCUAGUCAUUGAAGAGAUUUUCAAUCCUGAUUAUGCAAUGUUUACCAUGCAAAACGAAUCACAAACCGUUUGGUUUAAUCCCACAAGUUUUGAAAGUACUGCUCAGUUCACUCUUAUCGGAAUUGUUUUGGGCCUAGCAAUAUACAACAACAUAAUUUUGGCUGUUAACUUUCCCAUGGUAUUGUACAGAAAACUAAUGGGAAGAAAAGGAUCUUUUGAAGACCUGGUAGACUGGAAUCCUAUUUUAUACAGUAGUUUGAAGCAAAUGUUAGAAUAUGAAGACUCCGAUUUGGAGGAAGUGUUCAUGCAAACGUUUAGGAUAAGUUACCAAGAUGUGUUCGGGACCAUUAUUAAUUAUGACUUGAAAGAUAAGGGAGACAAAAUCCCGGUUACACAAGAGAACAAGUAUGAAUUCGUUGAAUUGUACGCCGAUUUCUUGCUAAAUAAAUCCGUAGAGAAGCAAUUCAAAGCCUUUUAUAAAGGCUUUCAAAUGGUGGUGGAUGAAUCGCCUUUAGAACAACUAUUCCGUCCUGAAGAAAUCGAGCUGUUGAUUUGCGGAAGCAAGAAUUUCGAUUUCGAUGAGUUGGAAAACUCGACAGAAUACGACGGUGGGUACUCGAACGAUGCUCAAGUGAUUAAAGAUUUUUGGUCACUCGUCCACGCUUUCUCCUUGGAAGAUAAACGGAAGCUAUUGCAAUUUACCACAGGUUCAGAUCGGGUUCCUAUAGGCGGGUUAAGUCGAUUAAAGCUGGUCAUAGCCCGAAAUGGCCCCGAUUCCGACAGAUUACCCACCGCUCAUACCUGUUUUAAUGUGUUACUUCUCCCCGAAUACUCUUCGAAAGAAAAGUUAAAAGACAGACUGGUCAAAGCCAUCAAUUACUCUAAAGGAUUUGGUAUGUUGUAAAUAAUAAACGUGCUUUUGUGAUUUUCUAGUUUAGCAUAAGAUGUAAACAUUGAGUACUAACUAAAUUUGUUUAAAACAACUUCAUUGUAUACAUUGUAAUAAAAAUGUUCAUUUGA